CUUCAACGGUUUCAAACUCCCCCAAAGAGAAGCAGCCGCUCGCCCGGCCAAUCGGGCCUGUCCAUCAGCCGGUUACCAUGGCGAAGGGGCGGUCUCGGCCCCGGAGCCAGCCAAUCGCACAGGGCCAUCGUUUUGUCGCUAUGGUGACGGGGUUGUUCCCGGGACCUGAUGGCUUGACAGGUGCGUGACAAUCCAGCUCUUCAAGCAUGUACGCCAAAGGCAAGAGUAACACUGUACCUUCUGACAGCCAAGCCAGGGAAAAGUUAGCACUGUAUGUAUAUGAAUAUCUACUCCAUGUAGGAGCACAAAAAUCAGCACAAACAUUUUUAUCAGAGAUACGAUGGGAGAAAAAUAUUACAUUAGGAGAACCACCAGGAUUCUUACACUCGUGGUGGUGUGUAUUUUGGGACCUUUACUGUGCGGCACCUGAAAGAAGAGAAACCUGUGAACAUUCUAGCGAAGCAAAAGCCUUUCAUGAUUAUCUGCUGUCUCCAGACCAGGGGAGUGAGGGAUGAAUGACGUCAUUUAUAGUCCCAAAGCACCCUAGUUUUACAUAUGCAAGAUGGAGUUGCCAUAGUGAUAUGGCCCAGAUCUACCAGGUGACCAGAGAAUCAGACUGCUUAUAAUGUGCGCAUUUUCUCCUGCGUAUUAUUAGUCUAGAGAGGAGAAAAAAAAUUGUUGAACUUGAGUCAUAGCAUGAUUCACUCCAGCAAUGGUUCUGAUUCUGAGUAUGAAAUGAGAACAUGGUGUUGUGCAUUUAAAACUCGUGUAUCUGUUUGCAAGUACAAUAUUUAGAUAUUAAAGUAUUUUAAAGCAAUUUAAGCUGUUAAAAUUGUAUAAUGCUUUGAGACUUACACAUUUUGUCAUUUAGUUGCAAUUAAAAUAAUGAAACUUAAGGAAAA